AGAUAUCAUUGACCUGCAAAUCUCAACAGCAGAUUCGCAAUGUACGACGCCAUCGUGGUGGGGGCAGGUCUUGCUGGCCUACAAGCCGCACUGACGCUGCAGCGUGAGGGACUCAAGUACCUUGUCCUCGAGGCACGUGACAGGGUCGGUGGCAAGACGUUGACGCUCAAGGACAGCAAUGGUAAGAUCAAGUCCGAUCUAGGGGCCGCCUGGAUCAAUGAUACAAAUCAAAGUCGAAUGUGGGAGCUGGCACAGGAGCUCGGGUUGCACACGUAUACUCAAAACACCACGGGAAACGUUGUGGUGCAGGACUUGGACGGGACCCUGGUCGAAUUUCCAUACGGUGAAGUGCCUCAGUAUCCAUCCAAACAAGACACGGAAUCAUGCAUUGCUAUCCGAGACCUGGUCGAGAAACUCUCCACCAGCACAUCGCCGUCAAUCUUCACAGCAGGGCCGCAGCGCAAACAUCUCGACUCGAUCUCAUUCGAGACAUACCUACGCGAGUCAAAGGUGACCGACAAAGCUUUUGCCACCGCCCAGGUCUGGACGCAUGCCAUGCUCGGAGUCGAUCCUUCAGACGUGUCGGCGUUGUGUUUCAUCGAAUACUGUGCAGCCGGCGGAGGGCUCAUGACCAUGCGAUCCGACUGCAAGGAUGGUGGUCAGUACUUGCGAAUUCGGGAAGGGACGCAGGCCUUUUGCAACGGCAUGGCAUCGAAGCUGAAGCCCGGUUCACUGAAAUUGAACAGCCCGGUCGUCGGCAUCGAACAGAAAUCAAAUGGCGUGGUCUCCGUGUCGGCGAAAGCGCCACAAGCUCAAACUUAUCAAGCCCGCAAAGUGAUCGUCUCCGUCCCGACACCUGUUUACAAGACGAUAAAGUUCUCCCCGCCGCUUCCCACGGCCAAAACCGCCGUGCUCAACCAGACGCGGUACGGCUUCUACACGAAAUACAUCAUCAGCUUCUCGAAGCCGUUCUGGGCGGAGAGAGGCCUCUGUGGCCUGGCACAAUCGUUCACGGGCCCGGUCUCGGUUUUCCGAGACACCAGCAUCGGUGACGACAGUCAUUGCCUGACGUGUUUCAUCGGCGGGAAGUUUGGGCGGAGGUGGGCCGCGCUAGACGAAGCGACCAAGAAGUCGACGGUGUUGCGACAGAUCAGCCAGAUGCUCGCGGGCGGAGAAGACGUGACUCCAUACUUCAAGGAAGUGUACGAGUCGCCCUGGAUGGGCGAAGAGUAUGCCGGUUGGGGCUGCCCCUGUCCGUCAAUGCCGCCUGGAGUACUGGGUGACGGCUGGGAGGCCCUCUGUGCGCCAGCCGGCAAUCUUCAUUUCGUCGGCACAGAGUUCAGUACCUACUGGCGAGGGUACAUGGAAGGGGCGGUCCGGAGUGGUGAGAAUGGCGCUUUGGAGAUCAUCAAGGGGCUCAAGGACGAUGGCAAGGAGAGUGGUCUGCGUGCAAAGUUAUAGACGAUAACGAUCUGAUCUGAUUGCUUUCUUGUUACGAUUGCCAAAAAAAAUCUUCUAGAAAGUAGACACAAACAAGCACUCG